AUGCAUCAAGGAAACGUACUGGUGUGGAAUUGUAGGGGGAUUGUUAAUCUCGAAACCCAGAGUGCGCUUGUAGACAUUGUACAAGCCAAAAAACCUACCCUUAUUUUCUUGUCAGAAACCUGGGCACCGAAGAACUUGAUUGACUCGCUCACCAGGAAACUGGGUUUUAAAGGGGGUUUUUGUGUGCCUCAUGAGAAUGAUUCUCAGGGACUUGCGUUGUUGUGGAGUGACGAGACCCAUGUUGACAUUCGCACAUACUCCCCGAAUCAUAUUGAUGCAGAAGUUGGGAAACCAGGAACUGAUUUGUGGCGAUUUACUGGUAUAUACGGGGUGGCAGCCAGGGAUGGAAGGAAUCGAACUUGGUCCCUCAUUGAAACCCUUGCUGCUCAACCUUGCUCACUGCCUUGGCUAAUGGCAGGGGAUUUCAAUGAGGUCAUGUCCAACGCGGAUAAAUCUGGAGGCCCUCCUAGAGCAGCUGCAGCGAUGGCAAGGUUUCGUAGAACUAUGUCAGUAUGUGGUCUUAUCGAUAUGGGAUUUGUAGGAAGCAGGUUUACAUGGUCAAAUAGGUUUACAAAGGAGCGUUUGGAUCGGGGGUUCCAAUCCAUGCAGUGGAGGACCAGAUUUCCCUUCAGUCGUGCCGUAACCCUACCCCCGUCUGAAUCAGAUCACAUUCCUAUUUUGAUUGAAGUUAGUGAUGAGCGUUUAGCACGGGGUAAAAUCCAACGCAGAUUUCGUUUUGAGGAAGCUUGGUAUGGCCGACAAGAGUGUGACCAGAUUAUCACCCAAGAGUGGGCACAACCUACCACUGGCAAUGCUUUAAGGCAAUUGGGACACAAAAUUAAAUGUGCGGGCAAACGGCUUAUGGAAUGGCACUAA